AUGUGUCUAGCAAACAAUAUUAAGUCAACACCUCCUCAACUUGGAAAUGCAAAGGAAUAUCUUAAGGCUGUGGAAGAUCAGUUUCAUUAUGCAGACAAGUCCCUUGUAGGGAGAUUAAUGGCUGAACUUACUACCAUGAAGUUUGAUGGUAGCCGAGGAAUGAACGAACAUGUCCUUGAUAUGACUAGUCUAACUGCUAUACUUAAAUCUCUGGGAAUGAAUGUUGAUGAGAGCUUCACUGUUCAAUUUAUUCUGAAUUCUUUGCCUCCUCAAUAUGUGUCAUUUCAGAUUCACUAUAACACUAUUAAAGAAAAGUGGAAUAUGAAUGAAUUGGCAAGCAUGUUAAUUCAAGAAGAGGUUUUAAAACAAUCGAGUGUAAAUGGGUCGGUCUUGAAGACCAAACACAGCUAUAAUGGCAAUAUUGAACGAUAUAAAGCUAGACUUGUAGCAAAGAGUUUCACUCAAAAGAAAGGUAUUGAUUACAAAGAGACGUUCUCUCCUGUAUCGAAAAAGGACUCUCUUAGAAUCAUAAUGACUUUGGUGGCUUUGGUGGCUCAAUUGGAUUUAGAGUUACACCAAAUGGAUGGGAAAACUGCUUUUUUGAAUGGAGUUUAG